AUGAAUAAUGACUUCAGACUCAUUCUAAAUAAAAUCAAAGCUACCCAACAAAAUACUCUACGCCAAACCUGUCUAGUUUCAUUAUCCAACUCCCAAAUCGAAGAAAUCAACAAAACCAUACCCCUCUUAAAACAAACUCUGACCAUCUAUCACAAUCACAAAGAUUCUUUAAUCCUCAAUCCUGUCACUCUCAUACCCAACCUACUCAUCAUUCAAAACGAGUACCUGGUCCUUUCCAAUUGCACCAUCAACAAAUUUAAAUCGAACCAAGCACAAUGCAUACAACUCACAAACGGCUUAGGAAACCUACUAAUCUUUUUUCUUAGCAAUGAACAUUACAAACAAUGGAUAGACAAGUUGAAACAAUUCUGCAAACUGUCAAAUUUCUCCAAGAAAUUUUAUGUCAAAGAAUAAACUGUUGCCGAUUACUACAUCAUUCAACACAAAAAAACCAAUAAAUUGUAUAUUGCCAAUAUGUCUUCCAUCUCGAAUGCACAAAUGGAACUCUUGAACAGCGAAAUGCAAACCCUAAGAAGUGUCAAACACACCUCCCUCCUCGACUUAAAAUGGGUGUAUCAAGACUGUCGUUUCAUCUACUUGAUUUACGAGUACUUUCGAUGCGAAAAACUCACCACCCUACUCAAACAAGGACUGAUCUUGGACUAAACCCAAUUGGCAUCUAUCAUACUUUAAUUACUACAGCUAUGCAAAUUCUUAAACAAACAAUCAAUUUAUCACGGCAACAUCACUCUAAACAAUAUCUUAAUCAACUUACAAUCCUCCUACUUGUCAAUUUACCCCAUCAACAUGAAGCCUCUCAUCAAAAACGACAAAGACUCCAUUGAACAAUAUAAGCAAUCCAUUGAACUUCCAUAUCUGGCUCCGGAGAUACUCGAGGGAUCCUCCAAUCCUUCCAUUGACACUGAUCUCUAUCAAAUUGGAGCUGUCCUAUAUUAGCUAACUUUUUACAUUAAAUCCGACAAGGACGAUGUCAAAUAGGAUUCAAUCAAAAUGGAACUCAUUAAUAAGAUGGAAGAAUAGUUUAUUGAGGCCUCCAAAAUUCAGGCCAAGCAAAUCAACCUGCAAUAGGAAUACAAGAUGGUCUUUAGUACUUCAUAAUUAGAUUUGCUCAAGAGGCUCUUGGAGAAAAGAGAUCAACGAGUGAAAUUAGAGGAGGCGAUGAAACAUCAUUGGUUUGUUAAUAUCAAGUAGAAAUUCAAGCCGAAACAAGAAAGAAGAAAAUAGCAUUUACCAUCCUUAAAUACCAUUAUCGAACUUUGUGAAUAGAGCGAAUCCACCAAGUCAUUUUUAAAUAACCAGCUAAGGGUUGAUGAUGAGUAAGUUCUUGACGAAAAUAAUUUAAUUUAAGAAUUUAUGUCAGAGUUGAAAAAAAAUAAUUACUAAAAACCUCCUUCAAGAGAAAAUCACGAAAAAUUAAAGGAUUUCUAGAUUUUCAAAACAUCGUAUGAGCAAGAGAAAUCUAAUCCCCAAGAUCAAUUCAAAGUUUCAAAAACUGUAGUUUGA